AUGAGCUGGGCCCCGGAGGAGUGCCGGGGGCAGGGAGGGCCGCCCGGUGACAAUCACGCCCUCUGUGCCAGGCUGGUGGAGAAGCCCAAUAGGGGGUCCGAGGAGCAGCCUGAGUCUGGCCCGGCACCCAUCGUCACCCGCACGGCCACAGGACCUGCCCUCGACUUCUGGCAGGCACUGCUGGCCGGGGACGUGGGCUCCGUCUCCCACAUCCUCUCGGACUCCAGCACCGGCCUGGCUCCUGAUUCCAUCUUUGACACCAGCGACCCAGAGCGAUGGAGGGAUUUCCGCUUCAACAUCCGUGCUCUGAGACUCUGGUCCCUAACCUACGAAGAGGAGCUGACCACGCCGCUGCACGUGGCAGCCAGCCGCGGCCACACGGACGUUCUGCGGUUGCUGCUGAGGCGUCGAGCGCGGCCGGACAGCGCCCCCGGGGGCCGCACUGCCCUGCACGAGGCCUGUGCUGCCGGCCACGCCGCCUGUGUCCAUGUGCUGCUCGUGUCGGGCGCUGACCCCAACCUCCCAGACCAGGAUGGGAAACGCCCCUUGCAUCUCUGCCAGGGGGCUGGCACCGUUGAGUGUGCGGAGCUGCUCCUAAAGUUUGGGGCGAGAGUGGACGGUCGGUCUGAGGAGGAAGAGGAGACCCCUUUACACGUGGCUGCGCGGCUUGGCCACGUGGAAUUGGCAGACCUGCUUCUAAGACGGGGGGCCUGCCCCAAUGCCCGCAAUGCUGAAGGCUGGACUCCUCUCCUGGCCGCCUGCGAUGCCCGCUGCCAGUGCCCUGCUGACGCCGAGGCCACCAGCACCCGCUGUCUCCAGCUGUGCCGCUUGCUGCUCUCGGCUGGAGCGGACGCCGACGCUGCCGACCAGGAUAAGCUGCGGCCCCUGCACCUUGCCUGUCGCCGUGGCCACGCGGCCGUCGUGGAGCUGCUCCUGUCCUGUGGUGUCAGUGCUAAUGCCAUGGACUACGGGGGCCACACAGCCUUGCACUGUGCUCUGCAGGGCCCGGCAGCAGCCCUGGCCCAGAGCCCAGAGCGCGUGGUACGGGCUCUGCUCAACCAUGGCGCUGUCCGAGUCUGGCCGGGGGCCCUCCCCAAGGUGCUGGAGCGCUGGUGCACAUCCCCGCGGACCAUCGAGGUCCUGAUGAACACCUACAGCGUCGUGCAGCUUCCUGAGGAGGCCGUGGGGCUGGUGCCCCCUGAAACUCUGCAGAAGCACCAGCGUUUCUACGCCUCCCUCUUCGCCUUGGUGAGGCAGCCCCGCUCGCUGCAGCACCUGACCCGCUGCGCCCUCCGCUCUCACCUGGCCGGCUGCCUGGCCCAUGCCCUGCCCCGCCUCCCCCUGCCGCCCCGUCUGCUCCACUACCUGCAGCUCGAUUUUGAAGAUGUGCUCUAUUAGAUGUGCCUUUAGAGAGAACUUGGAAGUGGAUGCCAAGUCUGCCAGGGGCACCCCCUCUGCACCGGCCAGGGCCA